CUCUUGCGUCCGCUGUUUCGAAUGGGGAGUCUGCGGGAAAUUUCAUUAUUAAUACACUGGCAGAAUUGCAAAGUUUAUUGAGACUACUAAUACUUUAAAUUAUCAUUUGUGAACUAAACAUUAAAGCUUUUAAUUCAGUUCAAACAUGCCAACGUAGUUGCUUCCUCAUGCAUAUGGAAUAAUAUACGUCAUAACAAAAUUCCUUCAUUUGAAAAGUUAUUUAUUUGUUAUUUUUCAAAUACAUAAGUUUAUUAAUCAAGAUGCGUGAACGUACAUCUACGGACAAUGCUUACAGUUCAACGUCAGAAUUUGGUUGCUCUAUGCGGGAACUGCAAGGACUCAUGCAGCUCCGUGGAGCGGAGGCAGUUGAAAUUUUGAACAAAAGAUAUGGUGGAGCAACGGGACUGUGCAAGCGCCUUCGAACUUCUCCAACUGAUGGCAUAUCAAGUCAAGAUCUUGCAAAACGUCGUGAAGUAUUUGGGACCAAUGUAAUACCGCCUACACCUCCGAAAAGUUUUCUACAACUUAUGUGGGAGGCUUUACAAGAUGUUACUCUGAUAGUUCUAAUGGUUGCUGCUGGUGUAUCACUACUUCUGGCGUUGUACACAAAAUAUUUUGGUGGUGAAGAUCACACCAGCGAUGAAACUGAAGGUGAAGUCAGCUGGAUAGAAGGUGUUGCAAUACUCUGUGCUGUUGUUGUAGUCGUUUUGGUGACUGCAACCAAUGACUGGCAGAAAGAAAGACAAUUUCGUGGCCUUCAGGAUAAAAUUGAAUCAGAUCAUAAAAUGUCUGUUUUACGAGAUGGUGAAAUGAUAGAAGUAUUAGUCGGUGAUAUUGUCGUUGGUGAUAUCUGUUUGGUAAAAUAUGGCGAUUUACUCCCAGCUGAUGGUAUAAUUCUUCAGAGUAAUGAUUUAAAAGUUGACGAAAGCUCACUAACUGGUGAACCAGAUCAAGUGAAAAAGGGUGAAAAUAAUGAUCCAAUGCUUUUAUCAGGUACACAUGUUAUGGAAGGUUCUGGAAAAAUGGUGGUCACAGCCGUUGGCGUUAAUUCUCAAGCAGGUAUCAUAUUCACUCUGUUGGGUGCAACUGAAGGCGAUGGAUCAACAUCGCCUCCACCACCUCCAGCUGAUUUAAUCGAUGCAAAUGAAAUGACACAGAUUGAAGGCCAUACUAAUCUUUCACGGCAAAACAAUGACUCAGAUGGCAAACAACAACGUGGAAAACAUACAAAUUUCAAUGAUCCUACAAAUGAUCGUAAGAAUCAAACGAAAGGAAGUGGUCAUGUUGCUUUCAGUGGUACAUCUGAAGUAGGAUCUGGAAAAACUGCAGCUACAGGCGACCAUAUUGAAAAUCAUAACCUUGAUAAUUCAAAUCAACGCAACAGUUUAGGUGGUGGAGAUGGAGAAAUUAAUGAGAAUGGUGGUGAUGCUCCUAAAGGUCGUAAACGUCGAAAGAAGAAAUACUCUGUACUUCAGGCUAAAUUGACUCAUUUAGCUGGUUUAAUCGGACAAAUGGGUACUGUUGUGGCUAGUUUAACUGUGAUUAUACUGAUUAUAAAAUUUUCUGUGAAUACAUUUUACUUUGAAAAAGAACAAUGGGAUACAGGAAGACAUUUACAUCAAUUUGUAAGAUUUGUUAUUAUUGGUGUCACUGUGCUUGUUGUCGCUGUGCCUGAAGGUCUUCCUUUAGCUGUAACUAUUUCACUAGCCUAUUCUGUCAAGAAAAUGAUGAAGGAUAACAAUCUGGUACGACAUUUAGAUGCUUGUGAAACAAUGGGUAAUGCAACAGCUAUCUGUUCAGAUAAAACAGGUACUUUAACAACAAAUCGAAUGACAGUUGUUCAAUGUUAUUUCGGUGGGAAAUUGACUCGAAACUCGGAUGAGUUACCAAAGUUGAAAGAUUUGAAUCAUAGAAUUGGGCAUAGAUUAGUUCACGGUGUAUCUAUCAACAGUAGUUAUACAUCACGUAUAAUGAUACCUGAGAAGCCAACAGAAUUACCACAACAAUUGGGAAAUAAAACUGAAUGUGCUUUACUUGGUUUUGUCCGACAUCUUGGUGUCAAUUAUGAGGAUAUACGAGAACGAUGGCCUCAAGAAAGCUUAAUCAAGGUGUUCACAUUUAACUCUGUUCGAAAAUCAAUGAGUACUGUGAUUAAAAACUUGGAAGCUGAUCGGCCAGGUUAUACUGUUUUCACUAAAGGUGCAUCUGAAAUGGUUUUAAAGAAAUGCACUUACAUUCUUGAUGCUAAUGGUGAACCGAAACCAUUCACUGUAGCCAAUCAAGAAAGUUUAGUUCGAGAUGUGAUAGAACCGAUGGCUGGUGAUGGACUACGAACUAUAGGCAUAGCAUACAAAAGUUAUAUUGAUUCUGCUGUUGGAGUUGCCACCAAUGAAGUUCCUCUAAAGCGUGGUCAAACACCAGAUUUUGAUGAUGAAGAUACAGUUGUAUCUAACUUAACAUGUAUUGGUAUUGUGGGAAUUGAAGAUCCUGUACGACCAGAAGUCCCUGCUGCUAUUCGAAAAUGUCAACGUGCUGGAAUUACUGUUCGUAUGGUAACUGGUGACAAUGUGAAUACAGCACGAUCCAUCGCUUAUAAAUGUGGUAUCUUAAGACCAGGUGAUAAUUAUAUUGUAUUAGAAGGAAAAGAAUUCAAUAAUCGUGUCCGUGAUCCACGUACAAAUCGUGUUAGACAAGAUUUAAUGGAUCAGGUGUGGCCACAGCUUAGAGUAUUAGCACGUUCAUCUCCACAGGAUAAAUACACGCUUGUUAGUGGAAUUAUUGAUAGUCAUAUUUCAACACGUCGUGAAGUUGUCGCUGUCACUGGUGAUGGUACAAAUGAUGGACCUGCAUUGAAAAAAGCUGAUGUUGGUUUUGCAAUGGGUAUAGCUGGAACAGAUGUAGCUAAAGAAGCAUCCGAUAUCAUACUGACUGAUGAUAAUUUUACUAGUAUUGUUAAAGCAGUAAUGUGGGGAAGAAAUGUCUACGAUUCAAUAUCAAAAUUUUUGCAAUUUCAAUUAACUGUCAAUAUGGUGGCUAUUAUAGUCGCAUUUAUUGGUGCUUGUUUUAUCACAGAUAGUCCAUUGAAAGCUGUGCAAAUGUUAUGGGUUAAUUUAAUCAUGGAUACUUUAGCAUCAUUAGCAUUGGCAACAGAAAUACCAACAGAAGAACUGCUUGAACGUGCACCAUAUGGUCGAACAAAACCUAUUAUUAGUCGAAAUAUGAUAAAAAAUAUUCUCGGACAAUCUAUUUACCAAUUGACAGUUAUUUUCUAUCUUAUAUGGUUUGGUGAACAUUUAUUGGAUGUAGAAAGUGGACGUGGUUUAAGUGCAAAAGGUAUAAAUCGUCCAACUGAACACUUUACAGUUAUAUUUAAUUCAUUUGUUAUGAUGACAUUAUUCAAUGAAAUUAAUGCUAGAAAAAUACAUGGACAACGUAAUAUUUUCGCUGGUCUGAUGAAUAAUAUCCUAUUUGUGAUUAUCUGGAUAUCAACAUUUCUACUACAAGUUGUAAUUAUCCAAUUCGGAGGAUAUGCAUUUAGUACUUGCCCAUUGGCACUAGAACAUUGGCUAUGGUGUUUAUUUUUCGGUAUCGGUACACUAAUUUGGGGUCAGGUUAUCAUUACAAUACCAAUUUGGGUUAUACCGAAACGCAAACGGAAGCCACUUAAAGGAAGGCGGUCAACACUUAUUACAACACAAGAUGCCAUAGGAACAGAAACAGCUGGCCUAGUCGGUCAAGAUGUCACGCAUACACCAAUUGCAGAUGGUGGUCUAGGCCAUCGAGCAAGCACAGGAUUUGUUAGCAAGGCGGCUAAUGCAGUAGCUCGUGGUCUAGGAGCGAUAUACACUCAACCAGAAGGGGAAGAAGAUGAAGAGGAAGAAGAAGAUGAUGAUGAAGAAGAGGAAGAAGAUGAGGAUAGGGAGGAUUUAGGCAGUGCUGAACUACGCAAUACAGGUCAAAUAUUAUGGAUAAGAGGUUUGUCAAGGCUACAAACACAGUCUUCGCGUGAACCCCAUCUAGAUAAACGUACAGAUGAAUGGAUGGGACGUGUUAGACGUUUUACACUUAGUCAAAUUAAUACAGAUGGCAUGCAACAUCCAUUAGUAUUAGCAGCUAGACGUCAGAGUACAACAAUGAAUAGAGGCGGUUCUAUCAGUACCUCGGGUAAUCUACGUUCAACAUCUCCAGAAGAACUUCCAGAAGAGGAUGAAGAAUAUGACAAUGUUGAUGAACAUGUCGAUAAAAAACAAUGAUGGUCUUAUGAUGAAUAAUUAAUUUUGCGAAUAAUUAAUAAUAAUAAUAUUACUCUUCAGGAGGAGGAGGAGGAGGGGUAGAGGUUGUAUGUUUCCUCUUCUACACACAUGUAGUAGACACAUGUAGUAUUUAUCAUCCGGUUUAAACACAAGACAUUUACACAUAUGAAUAGCCGAACACUCUCUGUCUCUCUCUUUCUCUCACAAACACAUAUAUACACACAUAUAUAUAAGUAUAUGUUUCGGUCAUAUUGCGUAGGUUGAAAAAUCACACAAACUCUGCCUAAAAUUUAUCACUGAUUCCCUGAGCAAAAUAUCUGUCAUAGACACCAUAAAAUGGAAAACGCGUAGUGUGUGUUGGGAACAUUUGUUCAGCUCACUUUCACCGAAUUUCAUAUAUAUAUAUAUAUAUAUAUAUAUAUAUAUAUAAUGACUUAAAACGAGGUGAUUAUAUAAACUUACAACAAUAUAACUAACCUGUUAUCCAGUUCUCUCCUUAUUCCUUCUGACUAAAGAAACAGAACUCUUUCAAUCACUGUUGAAGCAUUAAUCUAUCCAAUCUUAUAGCUUAUCAUGGGCAAUAGAAUAAGAAGCAUAUAUUUUAUAUUAUAUUCUAUAGACUCUACAAAUGUGAUGCACAAAACAUCUAUAAUGUGCAAUCACACGUUAUUGUUUUUGUUCAAAGGGUAAUGAUUAGCUUUCCAUUUAUCUUUCUAUCAUUGGUGCUCUUCUCAUCUUACUACUACUACUAUUAUUAUUAUUAUU